AUGGGCGACUUUUCCAGCGCGAACGCUACAGGGGGAGGCCUCGGCCUCCAGGGCGCUCUCAUUGGUCUUCUAGGCGUCGCUCUCUACGCUGGAAGAUGGUGGAUGAACAGCUGGAUCGCGGAGGCGAGACGUACGAAGGAACGCAUGGAGCCGAUGUGGCUUCACGACAAGGAACUGAGUAUUCCAGACGUUCAGGAGGAAUCCGAGGCCCGGGCUCGCAGCGCCUUGCUUCACUCGAUCGACUACACUCUCCUGAUUCACUUGGUUGGAGCCUCGACAUUCGUGCCUUCAUCCACAGCGUCUGUUCCCGCGGCGAGUGGCCUUAAUGGAGGAAGGUGCGUGUACGCCGGCGAGAUCCUCGUUGAGUUUUGCCUAAAGCCUUCAGCCGCCUCUCUCGCUCUUGCCAAAGGCAUCUUCCUGAAUUUCUCUGGAGGCGUCAUCCAGGGCCUCUGGAUCAACGGGAAACACGUCGGUGGCGACGGCGCUCCCUUGCAUGCUGCAGGUUUCCUCUCCUUCCGACUCCCCGAGCCGAUCCACUGGCGCCGCCACCGUCUUCAUAUCCCUGGAGCUUGGCUUCUCGCGAGGGAAACGAACAAAGUGUUUGUCUCGUUCGUCAACUGCUUUGAUCAGGCAGGAGCAGGCAUGCAGAGAGUGACCGACCCGCGCGACAACGAGGAGUAUCUUUUAGCAGACUGCAGGCUCUACGAGGCGCACAGAAUUUUUCCCUGCUUUGACCAAGCAGAUCUCCAGGGCACCUUCAGCCUCACUGUGACAGCGCCGCCCUCCUGCUCGGUCGUCGCCAAUACUCAAGUCGCGCAUGUGUAUCGCGACACGGUGGACUACACGCUCAAGACGCGGAAAGAAGAAAACCUGGAUGUCGAUGAGUCGCUUCCUCCCUCCUUUCUCGAUGACGUUCCGAGGGGCGCCUGCCGCGUCUGGGCCUUCAAACGGAGUGGAGCGAUGAGUCCGUCACGCUUCUUCCUCGCCGUGGGGCCCUUUCAAGUUUUCCGCGCGUUUCUUCCGACCUUCUCCUUCUUCCCCUCUGCGGCUUCUGCUGAGCUGCGGCGGCGGCGCAGCCGCCUCGGGUUGAGGCGUCAAGCAGGCGGCGCAGACACGCAUUCCCCCUCGGCCGCAGAGUCGCUUCAGUACACCGACCUGUGGCAUUCCUCUCCCGGCGAGUCCCUCACGACAGAAGAAUCAGAUGAGGCUUCCAGCGAAGAAGGGGAACAUGGAGACCGCCUCGUUCCUCUCGCGUUUUAUCUCCGCGCCUCCAGGCGAUUUGCUAGCGAAGACUGGGAGAUGUUGCUCUCGCUGCUGACAGACGCCUUCACGCACUUUGAGCAGUUUUUCCAGAUCCCCUUCGGCGGCCACAAACUCGAUGUGCUCUUCCUGCCCCACGACCUCUCGCCUCUGAGCUACGCGACCAACGGCGCGCUCCUGCUGCGCGAUUCGCUCCUGGAGUGUCUGUUCCUGCCUCCGGCGCCGUCGCGGCUGCUGGAGGCCGCUGAGGCAGACGAUAUCCUCUCCGCUGUGCACACGCUUUACCGCGUCGUCUGCGGCCUGUGGACUGGCACGAAUCCCUGCGCGUGUGCCUUGGACGCCUCGACGUCCCUCUGCCUCUGCUUGCCGCGUCGCCACGGUAGCGAGGCGCUGAGGCGCGGCGCGAGGCGGGAAGACGAGACCGGCGGGGAAGCGGAGAGCCACGCAGACGAAGCGACCUCGCGGGGCGACCCGCACACCUGGUGGAGCGAUGCCUGGAUUCCCGACGCGAUCGCAAUUUACCUCGCGGCCGAGGCCCUUGGGUACUCGCACAGAGACGCGUUUCUCCGCCUUCUGCUUGAGCACGUCGCGUCUCGGCGUUUUCUCUCUGCGUGGCUCCGCCCGCUGCCGUUCGCAUCGCCGAUGGAGGCGGCCUCUGCCUCUUUGUCGCGCCCUCCGUCGUCUGUGUUCUUCGCGUCUGACGGCGCGUUUUCCAUGCGGCGUCUCUGCAUCUCGUCGCCCUUCCAGGCUGCGCCGCUUCUCGCUGGGCCCCUGGGGCCCGCGCUCGCUGCCGGCGGCGCCCUGCUGUCCCCAAGUCGCCCAGACGCGCUACUUCGCUCCGUGUCUUCCAAGGCGCCUCUCGGCGCGGAGGAGGGCGAGGAGGCGGCGCUGCGGCGGAGCCGCGAAGACCGGCUGUGGGCGCGCAGUCCGCCACCCUCGUUCUUCGCCGUCCUGAAGGCUGCUGCCGCGCUCGCCGUCACCUCCGCGGCCUCUGUCUCCCCUCGUCGGCGAGUCGGGAGGGGGGACGGCUGCGGCGCUGGCGGCCAGCGCGCGCCCGACGAGGACCAACUCGAGGCUGCGUGCGGAGUCGCGCGAGCGAAAGGAGAUUCGCAGAGCCGCGUGCUGAAGUCCAUCAGCACGACUGCGGUGCUGCAGCUGCAGCGCGAGGGCACCAAGCACAUGCAGGACAGGCUCGCAGGCGCCGCCCUGUGGCGCCAGAGGGACAGGCCCAAGCGCGGCGGGGGGCAGCAGGGCCCGCGCGCAGGCGGAGCGGAGAGUCCGAGUGAAGGCCGCAUCGCGCCGCCGCCAGUGUCUCUUCCCGACUCUGAUGGAAGUGGAAGGUACAGCCAGGAGGUAGAGCCGAAGGGCGCUCGCGGGGACCGCUCCCAAGCAGCGGGAGACAACGACAGUGAGGGCGGAGAGGCCGCCGACGCGGAGCGCGCAAGUCACGAAGAAGACAGAGAGGACGCUCGCCUUCUGGAAGACGCGCUCAUCUGGCACUGGUUCCACGCGCACAUCAAGCAGUGGGCGUACACCGCAGACUCGAAGCCGACAACGCAUCCGCUCUGCUUCGCCCUCGAGUCCACGGACGCGUCGUCGCUGGUCAUCCCCGCCAUCGCGUUUGGCAAAGGCGCUGCGCUUCUCAGGCAGUGCCGGUGCUCCGUCGGAAGUGAGCACUUCGCUGAGAGCCUGCGUCGCUACGUUCGCCUGCAGCACAGGUUUGCCCCGUCUGCUCUGGUGCUGCUUCGGCGAUGUCUGUACCUUUCGCCUUCUCCCGACGCGUCUGGCGGCCGCUCCGCGAUGCCUGGCGCCUCGAGUGUCUCGCCUUCUUCGUCUUCUUCCUCCUCUGCUCCGCGGUCGGGUCUCUCUUGGCAACCGCGGGCCUCCGGGGCGGGGGCACGCGACCCAGGAACGGGGAGGACGCGAGGCAGCAGCGCAGGGGCGGGCUUCAUGGAAGGAGCUGGCGCGGCGCGGACGCGAGGCGGGACACCGGCAGAGCUUGCCGCGGGAGGCUGCGAGAGAGGCUGCGAGGGAGGCGACAAGGGCGGCAGAGGCGCGAGGCAUGAAGGACGGUUGAGAGACGACGCUGCGGAGACGCAUGCGGGCCUGUCUAGCUGCGCGACGCACAGCGCGCGCCUGGGGGAAGAAGAGAGGAUGGCGAGGCGGUUGCACAGACGGCAGCAGCGGAAUGCGAACAUCGUCUCCCGCGCGGCUUCGCAGCCCGCGAGGAAGCAACUCAGCUGGUAUUCGCUGAAGACGCUGUGCCCCUCUGAGUCUGAAGAAGAAGAUACAGCCAGCGACUCAGAUCGCUCUUCGCUCUCUUCGCGCUCGGCGGCGCUCGGCGAAGGGGACAGCGAGCAGGGCACUCCGGCGCUGCAGACGGGCAAGGAGGGAGCAGAACGAGACAGCGACUCUGGCGCGCGAGAAGAGAAGAAGGAGAAGACGCUGCCGCCGCGGGCCGUCCUCUUAGGGAAGUGGUGGGCGCAGAGCGGAGUCAAGGUCCUGAGGCCGGUGUGGAUCUGCUCAAGAACGCUGUCCUCGUCGCGGCUGGCUCCAGGGCGCGGCGCGCCUUUGAACCCUUCCCCUCCGGGGCCACGGCCCCUGCGUCUUUCGCGUGGCGACUCGCUCGCGUCUUCAGCCUCGUCUGCGGCACUCUCUUCUCUGGGCUCGCGCGGCGACGCGCGGGGCGGGCCGUUGACACGCGCGGAGUUCGUCGCCCUGGGUCCUUCGUCGGUCUCUUCGCUCUCGAUCUCUUCCUUCCAUCUGCUGCAGUUCGAUGCGGCCUUUCCGCGCCUCCCGGGCAGCUCGGCGGCGCUCGCCGCGAGAGGUGCCGACCCCAGCAACGCGCCCGCUCUCCCUGUGCAAAGAGUCGCCCUCGACUGCUUCUUCAGCAGUCAAGAUCCGCACUUUGUGGCCUCGAGAAGAAAAGAGAAGGCGGAGGAGCCCGACGUGGAAGUUCAGAGGAUCUGGGUUAGCGUGACUGAGAAGAUGACAGCGAUUCGUGAGCUGCUUCACACGCCGUCGCCCCGCGCCGUGCUUUGCAACCCGACAGACGAACUCUAUCUUCUUCCGUACCUCGACGACGCCUCGCAGGCAUUUCUGCUUCCUUCUCUCCCCUCUCUCUCGGCGAGCUCCAUGCAUCGCCUCCUGAUCGCCGCUGCCCUCUGGACUCGCGUGAAGGAGGCGCGGCUCCCCGCAGACGUUUUUCUUCAACAUGUGCUUCACGCGAUGGAGCACGAGAGAGAAGUCGCGCUUCUCGCAUGUGUGUUUAACUUCUUGUACGCCGCUCUGCUGAACUUCAUUCCAGAGCCUCUGUUUUUUUCUGUUGCGGCCAGCGUGAGUCACACUGCGCUUCUUCGUGCAGCCGGAGGCGCUCGCGUAAUCGCUCCACUAUCUCGGUCUUCCUCUUCUUCUCUAGAGUCUCCCGUCGCUUCGCCUUCGCCGUCUUCUUUCGAGUCGCUUUCGUCCGCUGCUUUCGUCUCGGCGGCCUCGCUGAGCGGCGCCUCCGCAGACGAGGGCCUUCCCUUCUGCGUAAGGGCCUUCUGGAUGGACGUCGCGGUGCGGACAGCCUUCACGCCCUGCGCGGUGCUUCGUCUGCUGCAUCUUCUACACCUCCAGGACUUCCUGCUUCAGCGGGUUUCGCUCCCUUCCUCGCCCGCGAAAGCGGCGCGGCUGAAGGCGCCUGCGCCGAGCUCCUCAGAGGGAAACAAACGCAGCAGAGGUGCGAGCUGCGUGAGCUGCGCUCAAGAGCCCGCCGCCUUGUGCCUCACAGAAAACCCCUCACGGCAAGCAGAGACGGGAGAUGAGCAGAGGAUGCACGCGGGCUUCGAUAUGGAACUGUCUCGGCCGCCAGACAUGGCGUGGGCAGGACUACACGCGGGUAGCAGGCGCCGAAACAGCGAAGCCGAAGACGGGCUGGCCAGCUCGCUGUCGCACCUCUCGGGCGGACGUACAGCUGGGGCAGAGCACAAGGCCUGCGAAGGCGAAGUCCUGACAGCGGAACUCCCCACGCUGGUCAUAGGCGCGAUUUCGGCGAGCCACGGAGCGAAGCGAGACGGCCUCUCGCGGCCGCAGCAGCUGUGCCCGGUUUCAGCCGAAGACGACAGUUUCCCUUGGGCUUCGCCUUCGAGGCGCGCCGCGCGAGUCUCGUCGCACAGCCUUUCGCGGCAGCCUCCCUUCCCACUGCUGCCCUGCUGCGGAGUUCUGCGAAGCCACACGUGCGACGCCUGCCUCGCCUGGGCUGCGGAGAAAAGGAACACGCUUUUCCAGCAGAUGCCAAGCGCGUCCUUGCCGCCUCAGAGGCGGUGUUCAGUCGGGAGCUGUGAGACAUUGCACUCAGGAACAGAGUGCGUCGCGGACGCGAAAGCCAGACGGCACAGCGCCGGCGAAAGCGGCGAGCGCGUGUCGCGGCACGAGCUGCUGAGGCGGCCUGGGGAAGGGGAGACUGUGCCUCGGGGAAUCUCGCAGGCGGCAACGAGAGGGCGCAGCCAGAUAUUACACCAGAGGCCAGGAGCGAGGCACAUCACAAACAUAGGAGAAGGACAACGUGAUAAUGUUCACUGCUCAGAGGGAGCUGAAACAUCUGCAAAUGUGUCUAGCUCCAUACGCGACAGAAAGGAAGUGCCGCGGUCUCCCGAGGGAGGCAGCAGCAGAUCUGUCUCCCUGUCGCUCCCGCCCCCGUUCCCGUCGUCUGCGAAGCGGAAGUCCGAUAUUUCCGUCGCAAUCUGUACCGCCGAUUUCUCCAGAGAGCUGGCGACGCCCAACGCGGCGCAGCCGCCACACUCGUGCGGGCACUGGUGCUCGGGGUGUGGAGUUUUUUGUCCUCUAAUGGAAUCUCCCGCGUCUCCCGGGAAAAGCUCGCCAGGUGUCCAUACACCUCCGAUCUUGACGCGGGCGACUAGCGCGCCUUCGGGGACUUCUCUGGAGUCGCCGAUGGAGGACUUGGAGGCACUAGAGCACGAAGUCUCGCGGCGGGCGUCUAGUGGAGGGGGCGUGCUGGAGUGCAUCGAAGAGGACGCGCCUGCACAGGAAGGGGAUCGGCCUCAGCUCAACGCGCACCGCCGAAAUCCUCACGCGCCUGCGCAGCAGAUAUCUGAGGCGCGAAAGUCGCUGCGCCAGAGAGAGGGAGAUGGCUUUCCGCACGAACCUGUAAGGGGUGAGGGGGUGACCUCUUCUAGAGAGCCAAGGGCGGGCGAGAGGGUGCUGUUUCCUGGCGUACACACACCAGUCCUAGACGCUACCGUUGGCAGCAGGCUGUGGAGCGGAGUGGAAGGCAGCCGUAGUCGUUGCAGCUCGGAUUCGAUCCAGGUGCAGCACUCCAAGCUCCUCGUCGGCAUGCAGUUCGUCCGUAUUGUUAGGGAAUCAGAGGGGACAGCUUGCCCCCGGGUCCUCCAGGUACCCCACAUUCCGCAGGGGGCCGCCCAGUUUCCACCGUUUCUCACGCAGAUGCAGCGCUGGCUGAUUUUGGAGCGCUUGUUCGCCUGUCGAGACACAGACUUAGCGGCAGUUGCGCCGCCACUGAACCUAGGUAGUCAGCCAGUUCUGCCUCACCACGCGAACGGAUUGCCCGUCCCCUACGCCACGCGUGAGGAGUCUGCACACGAAAACGCGCCCUUUCCCACGCCGCGCUCUGGCUGGACUCUCGAGUCGCUUCCAGGCUCCGCAUGGAACGGAGCUCAGGAGCUAGUAGACCGCAGCGACGAAGCGAAGCGGGCGCGAAUCGCUGCAGGCGCGCGCAUAUGGUCUGACGCGAAGCGUCAUUUGCUGCGGCGCGAACUAGCCCACGACCCCGACGUGAUUCGACGCGCCGCUGGCGCGGCUCGCUGUCAUGCGGCGGCUCCUUCAGACGCGUGCAAAGACGCGCACUUUUGUCACUUUAUCAACCCUCCCGCGCAGUCGUCCUCCGUCGCGGCCGCCGCGGCCGCCGCGCUGGCGGCGUUCCAGCAGCGGGCCCCCGGGCACCGCGAGUUGCUGGCAGAGUUCGAAGAGCGCUUCUUUGAGUGCAUCUUCGACGUGUACCUGCAGCUGCCGCGGCCCGUGGCGCACGCCGUGUGGACGCAUCUCUUUCCAUUUCACCACCCAACGCAGCGAACCGUGCAGCGGACGCACCACCUCCUUCUCAAGGUGCGCCAAGAACUCAGGAAGCGCACGCAGUCUCACGGCGCGGAGGCGGGAUCCUCCGCCGCAGCGCAGAGAGCCGACAACAGAACAGCCGAAAAAAAUCAACGCGCAGCUGCAGCGACCGCGGUGGCGGCCGCUGCGGACGCCACAGCUGCCGCGGGUGCCUCUUCGAACCGGCAGGGGACAGGCGGACGCGAGUGGGAAGGCGGGGCUUUCUCUUCAGCCUCCCGACAUCGCGAUCAAAACAGCGCAACAGGUUCGCGAAGCGCGCUCUAUUCUCGAAACGGCAGUCUGCGCGGGAAGAACAAUCACGCUCCGGAUCGCCGCAGCUGCGGCGAGAGCGAAAGGAGACGGGGGGCGGCUGGCGCGGGGGGGGCCCUCGCCGGCGGAGCCAAGACUGAAGCUGAAAAAAAUGCGCUCGUCUGCUUGCUCAGAGCGGCCGCCGACGCCCAAGCCAGGCUCCUUCUCUCCAGGCGGUGCAGGGAUGCCGUUCUGAGCGGUACCCAGCAGAGCGAGUGA